AUGAAAUAUUUCAAAUACCUUGAUACCACAUACCCUACCGACAACAAGCGCCGAUAUCAUGACUUCGAUAUCUCAGAUAAACAGUUCCCUAAAGACUCUAGUCACGAUACAAUUCAAUUGUCUCUUCAUAAUUGUCUGGAGCCCUUCCCAGCAGAACGCCAUGGCAAAUACGACCUUGUGCAUGUGAGAUUGAUGGUAGCUGCUCUGAAAGAGUCAGACUAUAAGCACGUCGUGGCCAACAUUGCGGAACAAGAAGGUCAUCUCCAAUGGGAAGAUCUAGGUCGCUCAUAUUUCCUCACAAACCCCGAAAAACAUUACCAAGAGCUCCCCAGUAUGAACACAUUACGCCUCUGUAUCGAGGGCCAAAUCAACGCCGGUCCAAGCAGGGACGUCCCAGCAACCGUGGUAGAAGCUGCUAAAUCCGCAGGUUUUACAAAUAUUUCGAAAUACGAUUUCAGAAUUCGAGAUAAACCCGAGUUGUGGUUUAAGACUGAGGAAUGGAUUGAUAGGGUGUUGGAGUCUUUGACGAGGAUUUUUCUGAAGAGGAAAAGAGACGCUGCUGGGAAAGAUUCGGACUAG